CGUUCUUCCAGCGCUGUCUUUUUAGUAUCACAUGGGCAGGAAGGUAAUGGCGGCGCUGGUUGUGUCCGGGGCAGCGGAGCAGGGCGGCCGAAAAGGCCCUGGCAGAGGUCGGGUCCCUCGGGGCCGGGUAGCCAAUCAGAUCCCCCCUGAGAUCCUGAACAACCCCCAGCUGCAGGCAGCAGUCCAGGUCCUGCCUUCCAACUACAACUUUGAGAUCCCCAAGACCAUCUGGAGGAUCCAACAAGCCCAGGCCAAGAAGGUGGCUUUGCAAAUGCCAGAAGGCCUCCUCCUCUUUGCCUGCACCAUUGUGGAUAUCUUGGAAAGGUUCACCGAGGCUGAAGUGAUGGUGAUGGGUGAUGUGACCUACGGGGCUUGCUGUGUGGAUGACUUCACUGCCAGGGCCCUGGGAGCUGACUUCCUGGUACACUACGGCCACAGCUGCCUGGUUCCAAUGGACACCUCGGCCCAAGACUUGCGGGUGCUGUACGUGUUCGUCGACAUCCGGAUAGAUGCUGCCCACCUGCUGGACUCUCUCCGCCUCACCUUUCCCCCGGCCACUGCCCUCGCCCUGGUCAGCACCAUUCAGUUUGUGUCCACCUUGCAGGCAGCUGCCCAGGAGCUGAAAGCUGAGUAUCGUGUGAGUGUCCCACAGUGCAAGCCCCUGUCCCCUGGAGAGAUUCUGGGCUGCACGUCCCCCCGACUGCCCGAAGAGGUAGAGGCCGUUGUGUAUCUUGGAGAUGGCCGAUUCCAUCUGGAGUCUGUCAUGAUUGCCAACCCCAACGUCCCCGCUUACCGGUAUGACCCAUAUAGCAAAGUCCUGUCGAGAGAGCACUAUGACCACCAGCGCAUGCAAGCUGCUCGCCAGGAAGCCAUAACUGCUGCCCGCUCAGCUAAGUCCUGGGGCCUCAUUCUAGGCACUUUGGGUCGCCAGGGCAGUCCUAAGAUCCUGGAGGUCAGUGGGCUCCGGAGGGCCUCUGGAGGAGGAGAGGAGCUGGGAAAACCACAGGUUCAGCUUUGGCUGCGUGAGCAUGGUGACCUCCAUCCUGCCGCCUCCUCCCAACAGCACCUGGAGUCCCAGCUCCGAGCCCUGGGCCUUUCCUUCGUGAGGCUGCUGCUCUCUGAGAUCUUCCCCAGCAAGCUUCGCCUACUUCCUGAGGUGGAUGUGUGGGUGCAGGUGGCGUGUCCACGGCUCUCCAUUGACUGGGGCACAGCCUUCCCCAAGCCGCUGCUGACACCCUAUGAGGCGGCCGUGGCCCUGAGGGCCAUUUCCUGGCAGCAGCCCUACCCCAUGGACUUCUACGCCGGCAGCUCCUUGGGGCCCUGGACGGUGAACCACGGCCAAGACCGGCGUCCCCAGGCCCUGGGCCGGCCCGCGCAGGGGAAGGUGCAGGAGGGGUCCACGCAGCCCCCUUCAGCCGUGGCUUGCGAGGACUGCAGCUGCAGAGACGAGAAGGUGGCGCCGCUCGCUCCUUGACACGCUCCCGGCCCCCAGGGUCCUGCCCUCCGGAGGAGCAGCCUCGAGGCUGGUGGUUUUCAGAGCAGGAGGCGGACGUUUUCUCAGCAUUGGAAGAGCCCGCCGUGUGCAGGGGCCUGGAGGAAGCCCUGGGGACGGUGGCGCAGGCCCUGAACAGGCUGGGGCCUUUUGAUGGGCUUCUUGGUUUCAGCCAAGGGGCUGCGCUGGCAGCCCUCGUGUGCGCCCUGGGCCAGGCAGGCGAUUCCCGCUUCCCCUUGCCGCGGUUUGUCAUCUUGGUAUCUGGAUUCUGUCCCCGGGGCCUUGGAUUCAAGGAAUCUAUCCUGCAAAGA